AUGGAAGGAGGAGGCGCGGAGGGGGUGACGAGGGUGCUGCUGGUGGACGACUCCCCGGUCGACAGGAAGGUGGUGGAGCUGGUGCUCGGCAGCAACACCUUCGCCGGCUCCUUCCACGUCAUCGCCGUGGACAGCGCCAAGAAGGCCAUGGAGUUCCUGGGGCUCAAGGACGGCAAGGAGCAGGCCGUCGACAUGGUGCUCACUGACUACUGCAUGCCCGAGAUGACCGGCUACGACCUCCUCAAGGCCAUCAAGGCCAUGAGUCCUCUCAAGCCUAUCCCGGUGGUCGUCAUGUCGUCGGAGAACGAGCCCCAGAGGAUCAGCAGAUGCCUCAAGGCUGGUGCUGAAGAUUACAUCGUCAAGCCUCUUCAGAGCAAGGAUGUGCCGCGCCUGAGGAGCUGCUCGAACGCGAAACCCAAGGACCCUCCAUGCAGCACUGUGAGCAAGAGCGCGGACCAUAUAGCUGCUGUCGAUGGCACGUCGUCGUCGCUGCGACGGCGAGCACACCUCACCGAUAUUGCCAUGGUCCUCCACUCGUCGAGCGCCGGGCUCUCGCACUACUUCCCGUUCCUCUUCAAGUUCAUCCUGCUGGUCUACGCCAUCCUGUGCGUCGGCGAGCUCCUGCACAGAUGGUCCAACGGCUGCUUCCUCUCCUACCUGAGGUGA